AUGGUCAAACGCGUUCUUAUCUCGUACUGCAUUGACGUUGAUGCAUGCGCAGGAUGGAUCAACACUCAAAAUGGGACGGUAGCCAAUGCCAGUGAUGUGUCACGAGGAAUCUUCGGUGCCAAUGUCGGGACCGAUCGAUUGUUGAAGUUUUUCGACGACAACGGCAUCAAGGCAACGUGGUUCAUGCCCAGCCAUACGAUUCUGUCGUUCCCAGAACAAAUGGCCAAAGUGCGCGAUGGAGGACAUGAAAUCGGACUGCAUGGCUACACGCACGAGUUUGUGUCCAAGUUGACCGAGGAGCAAGAGCGGAAGGUCAUGGCCAAAUCCAUCGAGGUGUACAAGCAGUUCACGGGCAAGCAUCCCAAGGGAUGGGUGGCCCCGGCUUGGGAGGUGUCUCCGCACUCCAUGCAGAUCCUGGAGGACUUUGGGAUCGAAUAUGACCAUUCCCUGUGCCAUCACGAUUGUCAGCCUUACUGGGCCCCUGAUGUCGCCAGCACUGUCGUAUACACCGACUACUCUCAAGACCCGGAUACGUGGAUGAUGCCCAUGUCCAAGCACAAAGUCACCCAGGUGGUGGAGAUCCCUGGCUCAUGGAACAUUGACGACUGGCCACCCAUGCACUAUUCCAUCAGGAACCCCGGAACUCACGGGUUUGUGAAUCCGCGGGAUAUCCAGGUGCAAUGGGAAGAUCAGUUCACCUUCAUGUAUCGGGAAUACGAGACCUUUAGCUUUACCAUAAGCAUCCAUCCGCAAGUCAGUGGCAAGUCUAAUAUCAUGCUAAUGCAUGAGCGCUUCCUGGACUUUCUGAAGAGCCACGACGGCGUGGAAUUUGUGACUGCGGCCACCAUUUGCGACGAGUGA